AUGGGAGCCUGGAAGAUAAUCUCUUUCGUUGUCUAUGGGGCUACCAUCCUGCUGGGGCUGCCCUCCAAUCUUCUGGCCCUCUACGUCUUCUAUUGCCGGGCCAAGGCUCGCCUGACACCCAACCUCAUCUACAUGAUAAAUCUUUGUGUGUCUGACUUGGUCUUUGUCCUCUUCCUUCCCCUGAAGAUCCUAGAGAUGGGCCCCGUGGACUGGACCAUGCCGAGCUUCCUCUGCCCUCUUUACAACCUGAUCCACUUUGGCACAAUCUACGCCAGUGCCUGCUUCCUGACUGCUGUCAGUGUGGGCCGCUUUCUGGGUGCCGCCUACCCCAUCCACUAUCAGGUUUUCAAAAGGCCUCGCUACUCCUGCCUGAUCUCCUUGGGGAUAUGGUGCCUCGUCGGCUCUCAUGGGCUUCUGAUCUUUGCCCUGGAAACCUCCAGGGAUACUAAUUCCAGCCUCUUUGCUGGCAAGGGCUUGGCUUGCUACAGCAACUUCAGCGAUGGCCAGCUGGCCCUGUUGGCUCCUGUGCGGCUGGAGCUGUCCGUGGUGCUGUUCUUCUUCCCCUUGGCACUCACCUCUUUCUGCUAUGCUGGCUGCAUCCGCGUCCUGGUUGGGUCACACCUGCAUCUGCGGAAGAAGCAUCGCGCAGUGCGGGUGGCAGUGGCCACCCUCUCUGUCUUUGUCCUCUGCUUUGGCCCUUACAACAUAUCCCAUGUCGUGGGCUUCAUCUAUAAGGACGAUGUCUGGUGGCGCAGUGUGGCUCUGCUCCCAAGCGCAUGCAAUGCUUUCCUGGACCCUCUCAUCUUCUACUUCAUGUCUCCUGCCAUGGAUGAUGGCAUUGCCCAAGUAUGGCGCUCCUUGCAGAAGAAAUGUGGCUCCAUUCGGCUGAAGAUUGCCUCAGCCCAUGGAAAAGGAGGGAUCCAACAAGCAGCAGCUACGGUUGCUUGA